AUGUGGCCAGAAUGCGCCUCCUUAGGUCCGCAGCCUGUCUCGUGUCCCUCGUCUCGUUCCUCAUCACCAUCCGUACCUGGGCCCCCCACCCAGACUGACCAUUCCAUCCUUGGUGUAAUAUUCAACUUUUCCCCGCCCGCGAUGCCAGACCAAGUCGACCAGCAGCCCGCCAAGACGGAGAUUCUCCCCCAGGACCCCACACAGCCGGUUGAGACGCGGCAACCGGAACCCGAGUCUCGAAUGGCGGUCGACGACGUGCGACUGCGUGGCGGAGAAUAUGCCUCGUGCAACUGCUGCGGCUGCGGUUGUAGCGAAGAGUGCUGCUAG